GCGCAAGCUGCCAGCAUAUACUGCACAUUCCACUCGGCACUGCGCGUGCUGUGCGCACGCUCGGCAUCUGCCGUGCGGCCAUGGCUGCCAAGGCGUGGCGGGUCGGCAAGGUGGCCUCUGCGCUGGCCUGCCUGGCGCUCACGGAUGCCCUCGCGAAGAGGCGGGGAGCUUGCGACUGCCUGAACUGGGCGGGGGUCUACUACGACCAUCUCGCCAUGUGCGGCCGGGGCAAGGAGCUCCACUUCCUGUCCAAGUACGGCUUCACGGCCGCCUAUGCCGCGACCGAGCCCAUCGCGGGUUUGCCGCACAAGGUCUGCAACGAUUUCUUCAAGAACCUGAAGAACAACUCCUGCGUCAACGUUGACCUGUUGGCACUGAGCGAUGAGACUGAUGGCGUGGUGGCCAUGGGCGAUGAUAACAUGACCGACAAGCAGUGGUGCUACGUGUCCAACGAUUGCCCGGUUGCCAGCCUGAACGGGGGCGAAUACGCCACCAACAUGAUGGGUUUCCAGCUCGGCGGGUGGAACAACCUCGCCAGCACGAGCAACUUGUCCUGGAAGAUAUGCGAUCCGGUCGCGGAUGCGAGCUACAUGCUAAAGUACAAAACGGUCCAGGAGUUGAUUGACAUCGGCACGGAGAGCGACGUCGGCUUGUCCCGGCUCAUUCGUUUGGCCUACCCCGUCGUGGCAAUCACAUGGGCCGAGGUGAAGUUCAUGAUGGAAGCCAUUAACGAUGCUUGGACGGUUGGUUCCGACUUGGCCACCCUGGUCGACGGGCUUCCGGUUCCGCCCGCCACUUUCACCAGGGCCGCGGAGGUACACACGACGAUCAGUGACAUCAUCAAGUCAGGGCAGGCCACGAUCCUCGACUCGCCGGGACAUGGGGACAACUUCCACGUGAUCAAGGGCCGCGAGGCGUGGAGCGUGAUGAGGAACGGGCUGGGCAAUAUGAUCUACCUCAGCGGCCACUUCUCAAUGGAGUUCGACGUGACCUGCCUCAUGGGAUGUGCCACCACCCGCCUGGAGGCACUCGACCUGGAGACGCAGUGACCAGGCGGCGCCCGCUCUCGCAGACGACGGCCGAUCAAUUCUUACGCGGCGCGGCCAGCUGACAGGCACGAGCAGUCCUUCCUUCCGGAAGCACAUCAU